GUUACGGUCGGCCAACACAUUUUCCUCUGACACCCGGAAGUGGUUUGCUUGUCUCCCUCUGUGUGGAAGCUGGAUCAGGAGUGCUGUAACCUCUCCAUUCGGUUGGAAUAAGGCAGUUUCGGCCCCUGAGAUCACCAUCUCCCCUGGUGUGAGUGUCGGUAAGGUGUGUGCAUGUGUGUGUGGAUAGAGUGAUUGGGGAGAUGUACUUCAUGUGCCAGGAUUGGGAGGAGUUGGAGGACGAUCUCUAUCGGGAGGAUGAAGGGGACUCUGAGGGGUCAGAGGACAACAGCGAGCUGGAGUUCCGCCUCUACAGCCAGCUCCACUACUCCUCUAAUGCCGGGGUGGUGGAGGAGACAGGAGAUGAGGAGGGGGAACAGGACAGUGAGCAUCUGGAGAAACCUGAGCAGAUUGUAAAUGUGGACAGAGAACAGGACACAACUGGAAAAAGUAGGCCGCUGUCACCUGAUUUGAGCAAGUUACUACAGCACAAGAAGAAGGACAAGAAACCUGAUAAACAGAAAAAGGGUAAAAGUAACCCUAAGGUUCAGAGGUCAUUAACAUCAUUAAUGGAGGAGGUCAUCGUGAUUGACUCCGGCCCUGAUGUCAUCUCCAUCUCUGAGGAUGACAGUGCUGAUGACACUGCUGCUGCUGUUGACACUGCUGCUGCUGAGGAAGAUGGAGUCUGCGCCUUAAAGGGACGAAGCUUAAAACAGCUGCAGACUUCAACCCCGGCCCCACAGGGAACCCAGAAAAGAACUUUAGGCAUCCCGGUGACGGUGGUCUCCAGCAACUCAGAGUCUGAUUCAAGCGAGUCUGAAUCAAAUUCUGAGUCCGAGUCAUCUGAUGAUCUGGAGAACUGGAUGAUCCUGGGUCCAGGGAACCAGGACGGAGACCAGAGCAUCUCACUUAACCUGGAGGGAGGGUCUGACAGCAGCGCAGAUGCUGAAGAGAAGGCCAGCUGGUUGGUUUCGUCAAAGGAUAAGGACGCUGGGAUCUAUAACAGAGACAAGGGUGCGAGAGCAACGGGGCCGCGGCUGUCAAACCGAUACUACACCGACAAGAGUGUCCAGUGUAGAAACUGCAGCAAGAACGGACAUCUCUCCAAGAACUGCCCAGAGUCCAAACAGUUGGUGCCCUGCUAUCUUUGUGGAACCCCAGGCCACCUGUCAAGUGAAUGUCCCAACAAGCACUGCAACAACUGCGGCCUGCCUGGGCACCUCUACAACUCCUGCAGAGACAGAGCGCACUGGCACCAGCGCUGUGAGCGCUGCUUCAUGACAGGCCACUCAACAAAUGCUUGUCCAGAGAUCUGGAGACAGUAUCACAUCACAACUGAGACACGCACUCCUUUGAAGCCGAAGGGAAAAGACCGGGGUCGGACCCCCGCCUACUGCUACAACUGCUCCAGGAGAGGGCACUUUGGACAUGUGUGUACACGAAAAAGGAUGUUCAACGGGACGUAUCCCAGCACACCGUUUAUCAACUACUACGACACUAAGAAGGAGAUCAAAAGUAGAGUAAAGUGGAUAUUAUUGAAGGUUAAAGAGCUGAAAAAAAAUGGCCUUUUAACUAACAGUUCUCAGACCCCUUUCACUCCAGGACCGCCAAACAAGAGACAGAAGUUCAGCCAUCACGAAAGCAACCAACAGACCCACCAUACACCUCGCCAAAGCCCUAGCAACCACAAACCAGGCCAUGUCUUUUUCAAUGACGAUGACUUUCAGGCUCCAGCACCCAAAGCGAGAUGGAACAAUAGGCCCAAACAACAGGAAGGCACUGAGAAACCAUGGAAACCCAAGAGACCGGUCCCCACUUCCAUAAAACCUCUUCCACCCAAAAAAAUAAUUUUGAAUGAAACGGAUGACUUUCCCAGAGGAGGAGGCAAAAGAGGAGAUACAGAGAAGAAGGGGAAGAAGUUGAGGAAAAAGAAUCAUGUUCCUGAAAAGCUACCAAAAUACCAACCUCAUUGGCUUGAAACUGAAGAGAUGCAGGGGUCAGCGUCAAAGCAAGUGAAAGGAAAGAGGAACCGAUACCGGAAGAACUCCGAUGCUUCACAGUACCCAACGGAUGAGAACCUGUUUACCAUCAAACAGAGGAAACGCCACAGAUGGCGGUGAUCUUCAUGACCAGUUCAUCGUGUGUGGUCAGGACAUUUCAGGAGUCUCAGGCAUUUUGUUAGACUGCCAGUGCUGCUGUUGAGGGUUCAUAGGCCUGUUUAAUUGAAGACCUUUUCAAAUGUCACAGUAAGAAGAGCACAGUUAUAAUUAAUAAAAUGAGUAAUGAAUAUUUUGAUCUGCUUUAGUUUUCAUGUCCUGGUACUGUGCAUGUUGACUCACUUUCACACUAAAGAGCUCACUUGAGCAGAACAGAGCCAUUGUUGUUGUGAUAGUCAGGUUUGUAUUUGAACAUUUAAACUCUUGAAUCUUUCUUCAUGUUUCUACAAGUCCCAUACUGAGAAACACUCCUAAUACAUCAUUAUAGUGUCAUCAUAAUACAAUAUUGAUUCAUUGAACAACAACAUUGGCUGAUAACACAAAAUCUGAAAGAUGUUUUUGAUUCAUUUAAAUUAAAUGCAGGGGCCUGUGAAGCUUACAUACCCAUGUAUAUCAACUUUCGAAAAACAACAAAGAUGUGGUUUGACUUUUUCUUUUUAAACGGGAUUGGUUGAUGUUUUUAUUUUUGCAUUGAUGAUAUUUGAUCCUUGACCAUUGAAUAGUUUAGAAAGGUAUAUGCAGUAUAACCAGAAGGGAUGAUCAUGACAAGCAAAGCUUUCCUUAAAAGUUGGAGCUGUAUUUGAUUCUGGAGUUGCUUUUUCAGUUUCUCCUUGUGGUUAGUGUGAAUAAUAACCUUUAUCGAACAGUGGCCUCAUUUUAACAAUUCAUUCAUUGUUUUAAUGUAUCUGGAGACCGACAAGUAAGAAACCAGGUAGGAGUUCAUAAGAUCAGUUUUUUUAAAGGGAAAGUUCAUUAUUUUCCUCUUACCUUAAGUGCUAUGUUUCAAUCAGCUCCUUGCAGCUCAGCCGUGGAGGACACCCUCAAUGUUUAAAUCUCACCCCGUUGAAAGCACAUGCCUAUGACCAGAUGCAGUUGGCAUGUGUACAGUAGACCGUUAGAAAGAUAAUAAUCCUCCCAACAACAAGUUAUUUUGAUUAUCUUGGCUAACUGGGUCAUGAUUUCUGAUUUCUGAAAGAGACAUUGCUGUUAGUUAUUUAAAAAACAAAAAACUGUUGCUGUUUAGAGCACCACAAACCAGAUGCCAUCUAGUACCAAUAUAUUUUAGAAAAAGGCAGACAUUUCUACAGUUUAAAUCUCCAACACUGUACAACUAACCCCAAAACAAUCUAGAGUGAUUCAUAGCACUACACUUUUUAUUGUAGGUGAAUUGUCCAUUUUGGGCAAUUACUGUCUUCAAAACAAACCAAACAUUCAGGUGUAUCAAUUAUCAUUAGAUUACUUAAUAAGUAAUGGUUGAAAUUGAUCUAUGGAUGUCAUGGUUAUCAUAUUCUCCAAUUUCUUAGUUCACAUUAGUUUCCGCUUAUUACAUAUUGAAUUAAUAACAGACUCUGCUCUUUGAAGGAUCAUCUCAUAGUGCCUCAACUCUGAACACUUGAAGUUGUGUGCAUUUUGAACCAAAGAAUGGGAAGGUUUGUUUUAAAUAGUCUUUGAAAUGUUCUUUUUUUUAUUCAAUGACUGAGAUGCCUUGUAAGUGAGAUUUAAAAUAUGUGGACAUACUGUAAAUACCUAAAUAACACUUGUUUAAUGCCGAUCUGCAGAAAGUUGUCUCAUCAGUUAUUUUGUGAAACAAGGCUACCUGAAGUUUUGUGUACUGAUACAACUUGAAUCAGCUCUGGCAUAUGAGUUCUGUGAUUCAGAAAAUAAAUCAUUUAAGGCUUUAUCUAAGACCUGUUCACAUGGUUUAUUCAGUAACUGUCUAAUAAUUGCUCACAAUUCUUGUGUUAUGUAAUUUACGGUGAUGACAUAAAAAAUGGCUCCAAUCCCUAAA